GUGUAGCUGGAAGCGAAAACAGCCAGUGGGUGGGCUGGGCAGUGGUCCCUUCUUUUAGUGGUUUUACAUCGAAAAUCACGCCGAUACGAUUAUUUAAUGCUCGUGUACGAAUGUGCAGGCUUAACAGCAUGAGUUAGAAACUGCGCUGCGUGUGCGCCAGGUAGUGCACUGAAACAUGGGUCGUUGCAGUGUCCAUGUCCUGCUGCUGCUCUCGCUGCAGACUCUGUCGAUAUCAGCUGAGGGUCCAGAUGGACAGCUGCAGUGUGCAUGUGAGGGUCCUAAAUGCCUCCACCCCACCCGGUGCCAAGGUACCCAGUGCUUCUCUUCAGUCAAAGUUAGUAAGAGUGGAGUUUUUUUUGAGCGUGGCUGUUUGGACGACGCGGACCAAAUCCUUCUCCAGUGCUUCACAGCUACGUCCUACCACCAGGCUAUUCAAUGCUGCUCCCUGGACAGGUGCAACAGCAAUACCACCAGGGAAUAUCUGAUGUCUCUGCUACCAUCAGCCCCAGAAGGUGAGCCAGUUCGAUAUCGUGUGGAGACAUUAGCUCUCUUCGUACUUGGCCCAGUGGUCGUUCUGGCUCUGCUGUCUGUAGUAUCUGUGCUGGCUUGCAGAAGGCUCCAUCAUGGACGUCUGCAGAGACUGCAGGAGUUUGACGCUGAGCAGGGAGCCAUAGACGGUCUCAUCACUUCCAAUGUCGGAGACAGCACUUUAGCGGACCUGUUGGAUCACUCAUGUACGUCCGGAAGUGGUUCAGGUCUUCCCUUCCUUGUUCAAAGAACUGUGGCCCGACAGAUUAGUCUGAUGGAGUGCGUAGGCAAAGGACGAUAUGGAGAGGUGUGGCGAGGACAGUGGCAGGGCGAGAAUGUGGCUGUGAAAAUCUUUUCCUCGAGAGAUGAGAAGUCUUGGUUCAGAGAGACAGAGAUCUACAAUACAGUGCUGCUGAGGCAUGAAAACAUACUGGGGUUCAUGGCAUCUGAUAUGACUUCUCGAAACUCCAGCACUCAACUGUGGCUCAUCACCCAUUACCAUGAAAAUGGUUCGCUUUAUGACUACUUGCAGCGAGUCGCAGUGGAGACAUCAGAAGGUCUGGCAAUGGCUGCAUCAAUAGCGUGCGGCCUGGUGCACCUGCACACGGAGAUCUUUGGCACAGAGGGAAAACCGGCCAUCGCACACCGGGACCUGAAGAGUAAAAAUAUCUUGGUGACCAAGGAGCUGCGGUGCUGCAUCGCAGACCUUGGGCUGGCCGUGACCCACUCCCAGGCAGACAAUCUGCUGGAUGUGGGCAACAAUCCAAAGGUUGGCACCAAGCGCUACAUGGCACCUGAAGUGUUGGAAGAAACCAUUCAGACAGACUGCUUCGAUGCUUACAAGCGAGUGGACAUAUGGGCCUUUGGACUGGUGCUGUGGGAGAUAGCGAGACGCACGUACAGCAAUGGCAUUGUUGAGGAGUACAAACCUCCGUUUUACGAUCAGGUGCCAAACGAUCCCAGCUUUGAGGAUAUGAGGAAAGUAGUGUGUGUGGAACAGCAGAGGCCUUUCAUUCCUAAUCGAUGGUUCUCUGAUCCUACUCUCUCUGCUCUGGUGAAACUAAUGAAGGAAUGUUGGUACCAGAACCCCUCUGCCAGGCUUACAGCACUGCGCAUCAAGAAGACCCUAGACAAGAUUCACAGCUCUCUGGAAAAGGGCAAGGAGUCGUGAGAGGGUGCCAUGUUUCAGAGGCAGCUGCCUGGUGUCAGGGAUUGGCUUCAACAAGACUCCCAGUGUUUUGUUAAAAAGAGAGAGGGAGAUUAGGCAGAUGGAAAGAGGACUAGAGGAAAGAGGUGUUCCAAGAGUCAUUCAGCCUCAUCCUUCUCUCACUUUCUCUGUGGAUGCCUUCCACCAACAUGUUUGACUUGAAGCCCACACAGACAUUUGGACUUGUCGUUUCUGAAUAAGCCAGCCUUUGAUAUGAGGCAAACCAAUUGCCAGUGUGUUUCCACCAACUUGAACUAUGGACUGUUACUGAGUGUGACUGGCUGGUAUAUUAUAGGAACCCCAUCCCAAUGCUUUAAUGCCCAUGCGGGACUACACUGGGUUUUGCCUUCCAGUACAAACACUACAAGACUGAGUGUCUACUCAAAUUUCUGAUCUCCAGCCUUUUGGCAUUCUGCUCAGAGACAAUCAGAAAUCUAUCACCCAUUUAUUACUAUCAGCCAUCACCACAGAAACACAAUGUUCACUUAUAAAAGGAAAAAAGAGCCAAUCGAAU